AUGGGAACCUCUUUACAGCCGAGGCAUUUGCCUCUGGUUUAUGCUGUGGCAUUCUGCCUCAUUGUAGUUAGUGUUGCUGCUGAUUAUAGGAAGCCUUAUAUUUAUGCUUCGCCGCCACCGCCAUCCCAAAAAACGCAACCACAGUACCACAAUUAUCCACCUUUCAAGCUUCCAUCAGUCCCAGAGCAUUCAGGGCACUACCCUCCAUACCCUUAUAAGGCUCCUCCAUCACCUUAUGUGUACAAGUCUCCACCACCUCCUCGUUACUUAUACAAAUCUCCACCUCCACCAUCCCCAUCACCGCCUCCUCCUUAUGUUUAUAAAUCUCCACCUCCACCAUCUCCGUCACCACCACCGCCGUAUGUUUACAAAUCUCCAUCACCACCAUCUAAAUCUCCUCCCCCACCUUAUAUCUACAAGUCACCUCCACCUCCCUCUCCCUCUCCACCCCCUCCUUACAUUUACAAGUCCCCUCCUCCACCAUCUCCAUCACCUCCCCCUCCUUAUGUCUACAAGUCACCACCACCUCCUUCUCCAUCCCCACCUCCACCUUACAUUUAUAAAUCACCACCACCACCCUCACCAUCACCUCCUCCCCCAUAUGUUUACAAGUCACCACCCCCUCCAUCCCCUUCACCUCCUCCACCUUAUCUCUACAAGUCACCACCACCACCUUCUCCAUCCCCUCCUCCUCCUUACAUUUACAAGUCACCACCACCCCCAUCUCCAUCACCUCCUCCACCUUAUGUCUACAAGUCACCACCACCACCUUCGCCAUCACCUCCUCCACCAUAUGUUUACAAGUCACCACCACCCCCAUCUCCUUCACCUCCUCCUCCUUAUGUGUACAAAUCCCCCCCACCACCUUCACCAUCACCUCCUCCACCAUACAUUUACAAGUCACCACCUCCCCCAUCCCCAUCACCACCUCCUCCUUACAUUUAUAAAUCACCACCACCACCCUCUCCAUCUCCUCCUCCACCAUACAUUUACAAGUCACCUCCUCCUCCAUCUCCAUCACCUCCCCCACCUUACAUUUACAAGUCCCCACCACCACCCUCACCCUCACCUCCUCCACCAUACAUUUACAAGUCACCUCCUCCUCCAUCUCCAUCACCCCCACCUCCCUAUGUGUACAAGUCACCACCACCCCCAUCUCCAUCGCCUCCCCCUCCUUAUCUCUACAAGUCACCCCCACCACCUUCUCCAUCCCCACCUCCUCCGUACAUCUAUAAAUCACCACCACCACCAUCUCCGUCACCUCCUCCCCCUUAUGUCUUAAAAUCUCCACCACCACCUUCUCCAUCCCCACCUCCUCCUUACAUUUAUAAAUCACCACCACCACCCUCUCCAUCACCUCCUCCUCCUUAUGUCUACAAAUCUCCACCACCACCUUCUCCAUCCCCACCUCCUCCUUACAUUUAUAAAUCUCCACCACCACCUUCUCAUUCACCACCUCCACCAUACAUCUACAAGUCCCCACCUCCCCCUUCCCCAUCACCACCCCCUCCUUAUCUUUACAAAUCUCCACCACCUCCAUCCCCAUCACCUCCUCCUCCCUACAUUUAUAAAUCCCCUCCACCUCCCUCACCAUCCCCGCCUCCACCAUAUGUGUACAAGUCACCCCCACCUCCAUCGCCAUCACCUCCCCCUCCUUAUAUCUACAAAUCACCACCACCUCCAUCUCCAUCACCUCCUCCUCCCUACAUCUAUAAAUCUCCACCACCUCCAUCACCUUCUCCUCCUCCUCCUUAUCUCUACAAAUCUCCACCACCACCAUCGCCAUCACCUGCCCAUACAUACCACUACAACUCUCCCCCUCCUCCAUUGAAGUCUCCACCACCUCCCCAAUAUUACUACAAAUCACCUCCACCACCAAAGCACCACUGA